CAUAGGAAACUCAGACCGCUUUGUUAUUUACCUUGACAACAGCUGGUUCUUUUCCAGGGAAUAAAAAUGGAAUAAGCUUCCUGCUCCCAGUUGUUUUUUUCUUUUUCUUUUCUUUUUUUCUGCUUUCUUGGACUACUUUACCUUUAGCACAUGAGACACAAUGGAUGGGGAAAUGAAAGGAAAUGCUAUGCAGGCUCUGGCCGAUUAUGAUGACAGUGACAGGAUUGACGCCUACGGUUUUGAGAGACGUGGCGAUUUCGACUCCUACAAGGAGAUGAUGAAUCAGUAUGUAGAUGUCCUCAACAGGAGGUCCAUGAGAUGGUCAAAGCUCCUUCAGGAGAAGCCUCAUGUGGAGAAGAACUUCACAGUGAAGAGGUUUGUUCGUAAAGGUGUGCCUAAUGAGCACCGUGCCAGGAUCUGGAUGGCGGCUAGUGGUGCCCAGGAACAGCUGGAGAGUAAGCCGGGUUAUUACCAGUCUCUGCUGGACAUGGAGCAUGACACCAAGCUGAAAGAAACCAUUCACACAGAUAUGCACAGGACCUUUCCUGACAACAUCCUGUUCAAGAGCAAAGCAGAGCCAGGCAUGCAGAAGGCUCUGUUCAAUGUGCUGCUGGCCUACGGACACCAUAAUCCUACAGUGGGCUACUGUCAGGGCAUGAACUUCAUUGCAGGCUACCUCAUGAUCAUCACGAAAGACGAAGAGAAAUCCUUCUGGCUUAUGGAUGCACUGGUGGGCAGGAUACUCCCAGACUACUACACCCCGGCCAUGUUGGGUCUGAAGACUGACCAGGAGGUCCUUGGUGAGCUGGUUAAGGUCAAAGCUCCUGCAGUAGGACAGCUCAUGGCCCAGUACCCUGGCAUAUGGACGCUGGUGGUGUCUCGCUGGUUUAUCUGCCUCUACAUCGAUGUACUCCCUAUCGAGACUGUUCUGCGGGUCUGGGAUUGUCUUUUCUACGAGGGAUCCAAAGUACUUUUCCGCGUGGCUCUUACUCUCAUACUUCACCACCAGGCAGAGAUCCUGAGAGCGCGCUCUUUGCCUGACGUGUGCGAAUGCUUCAAACAGAUCACUUCUGGGGCUUUCACUCUAGACUGCCACACCUUUAUGCAGAAGAUCUUUACGGAACCUAAGAGUCUGUCGAUGUCGACUGUUGAUAAACUGAGAGAGAAAUGCAGACAACAAAUUCUCAAGGAGGAAUCAGGACAGCCAUGAGGUUCAGGACACUUUCCCCUUAUACUGGAUUUAAUAAAAUAAAGGCUCAGGCAGCGUAUGUAACACUGUACAGUCAGGAACGUAUGAAACAUGACUACAGGAACUGUAUGAAACAUACAUGUUGGUGACUCUUCUGGUUACUUCUGUGAUUUAUACUUUGUUACACUCUAAUCUGGCAGACUGGGUGUCUAAAUAUGAAGGCUUAUGCUUCUGAGGCUUUUCUUUUGAUUUUGACUCCAAUCUUUCACCUACUAUAUUUGCUGCUAUAUAUAUACAGAAGUACAUUAAGAUCAUAACACUGCACCAAACAGCAUUUAAAUGUGUAUUUUCUAAAAACACUUUUGCUUUGGUGAUUAUGGACGGAUCACUUAUUUUUACUGUGAAUACUUUGUUCUGUCUCUUGCCUUUAGGACUGUUUACAAGAGAACGUAAAGCUGAAGGGUCACGCUUUUAAUGUGGUGGUUUCUGUUUAAAUUUAUGGAGCUCAGUCUCAUUUUUCACUUUUUGUUGUAAA